UAAUCGGUCGCCAGAUUAUGGUGCGACAGGACGAGAGUGAGGUGGCAACUGGCAGAAGCACAUUCCGGUAGAAUAUAGAGCGACUCUUCAGCUGUGUCAUAUUUGACCAAGAAACGUUGGCUGUACUUUUGAGGGGGUGCAACUUUCAUUGAUAAGGUCCUGUGCUAUCCGGCACUGCCAUGUCGGCGAAAGCCAUUUCAGAGCAGACAGGAAAAGAGUUCUUGUAUAAGUAUGUCUGCACCUCAGCGCCUGUGCAGAACCGCUUCCGCUAUGCCAGUGUCACUGCUGAGACUGACUGGGACCGCCUCACACAGGAGCAUCCAUGGCUGCUCACAGAGCGUCUGGUGGUAAAGCCAGAUCAACUCAUCAAGCGGCGUGGGAAGCUUGGGCUGGUGGGCAUCGACCUGGACCUGCAGGGUGUCCGAGAGUGGCUCAAAACCCGCCUCAUGAGAGAUACCACUGUGGGAAAGGCAAAGGGUGUGCUGAAGAACUUCCUCAUUGAGCCUUUUGUUCCACAUACACAGGAGGAGGAGUUUUAUGUGUGUAUUUAUGCCACACGUGAGGGCGACCAUGUACUUUUCCACCACGAGGGAGGAGUGGAGGUGGGUGACGUGGACGCCAAGGCCCAGAAGCUGAUGAUCGCAGUGGAUGACACGCUGAGUGAGGACCAGGUCACAGAGCAGCUCCUCACACACGUUCCUGAUGAUAAGAAAGAAGUCCUGGCCAGUUUUAUAGUGGGCCUCUUCAACUUAUAUGAGGAUCUCUACUUCACCUAUCUUGAAAUCAACCCUCUAGUCGUCACCCAAGAUGGAGUGUACGUCCUUGACAUGGCAGCCAAGAUUGAUGCCACAGCAGAUUAUAUCUGCAAGGCAAAAUGGGGUGAUGUGGAGUUUCCACCGCCCUUUGGCAGAGAAGCAUAUCCAGAGGAGGCGUACAUAGCUGAUCUGGAUGCAAAGAGUGGUGCCAGUCUGAAGCUGACCCUGCUGAACCCUCGUGGCAGGAUCUGGACCAUGGUGGCUGGAGGAGGGGCUUCAGUAGUCUACAGCGACACCAUCUGUGACCUUGGUGGGGUGGAUGAACUGGCCAACUAUGGCGAGUACUCCGGCGCACCCAGUGAACAGCAGACCUACGACUACGCUAAAACCAUCCUCUCUCUCAUGACACGGGAGAAACAUCCUCAAGGGAAGGUGCUGAUCAUCGGAGGAAGUAUUGCCAAUUUCACUAAUGUAGCAGCCACAUUUAAGGGCAUUGUCAGGGCCAUCAAAGACUUCCAAGGUCCUUUGAAGGAGCACGAGGUCACCAUCUUUGUUCGACGUGGCGGGCCCAACUACCAGGAAGGGCUAAGGGUGAUGGGGGAAGUAGGGAAGACGACAGGUAUUCCUAUCCAUGUGUUUGGUACCGAGACCCAUAUGACGGCCAUUGUUGGAAUGGCUCUGGGCCACCGGCCAAUCCCUAACCAGCCCCCGAUGGACGCACAUACCGCCAACUUCCUCCUCAAUGCCAGCAACAGUGCAGUGACUCCAGCUACAACAAGGACCGCUUCGUUCUCUGAAACCAGGACGUCUAAUGAUGUCACCCCUGCAAAAAAGUCUAAAGCAGGUCUUCCAGCAGCAGCGCAUGCCUCUUCAGGCUGCAACGGAGCCAAAGCCACCACACUCUUCAGAAAGCAUACCAAGGCCAUGGUCUGGGGCAUGCAGACACGUGCCGUGCAAGGCAUGAUGGACUUUGACUACGUAUGCUCUCGGGAGGAACCCUCUGUGGCAGCCAUGGUCUACCCCUUCACUGGGGAUCACAAGCAGAAGUUCUACUGGGGCCACAAAGAGAUCCUGCUGCCGGUCUACAAGAACAUGGCCGACGCCAUGAAGAAGCACCCCGAGGUGGACGUCCUGAUCAGCUUUGCUUCCCUGCGCUCGGCCUUCGACAGCACCGUGGAGGCCAUGCAGUACCCACAGAUCCACACUAUUGCCAUCAUAGCUGAGGGCAUCCCUGAAGCUCAGACAAGGAAGAUAAUCAAGAUGGCUGAUGAGAAAGGCGUCACUAUCAUUGGCCCCGCUACGGUUGGUGGCAUCAAGCCUGGCUGUUUUAAGAUCGGCAACACCGGAGGCAUGCUGGACAACAUCCUGGCUUCCAAACUUUAUCGUCCCGGCAGCGUGGCAUAUGUGUCGCGCUCUGGGGGCAUGUCCAACGAACUGAACAACAUCAUCUCCCGCACCACAGACGGUGUGUAUGAAGGUGUAGCCAUCGGAGGAGACAGAUAUCCGGGCUCCACUUUCAUGGACCACAUCCUUCGUUACCAGGACACUCCGGGGAUCAAGAUGAUAGUGAUGCUGGGAGAGAUUGGAGGCACUGAGGAGUACAAGAUCUGCCAAGGCAUCACAGAGGGCAGGAUAACCAAACCUGUGGUGUGCUGGUGUAUUGGAACCUGCGCCACCAUGUUUGCAUCAGAGGUUCAGUUUGGCCAUGCAGGGGCCUGUGCCAACCAGGCUUCAGAAACAGCAGUAGCCAAAAACCAGGCUCUGAGGGAUGCUGGAGCUUAUGUACCAAAGAGCUUUGAUGAACUGGGCAACGUCAUCAAGACAGUUUAUGAUGAACUGGUGUCCAAUGGUACAAUCGUUCCUGCCCAGGAGGUUCCGCCCCCAACAGUGCCUAUGGAUUACUCUUGGGCCAGGGAGUUGGGCCUGAUCCGUAAGCCAGCCUCAUUCAUGACGAGCAUCUGUGACGAGCGAGGUCAGGAGCUCAUCUACGCUGGCAUGCCCAUCACUGAGGUCUUUAAAGAGGAGAUGGGUUUAGGAGGAGUGCUGGGCUUGCUUUGGUUCCAACGCAGGUUGCCACGCUAUGCCUGCCAGUUCAUUGAGAUGUGCCUGAUGGUGACUGCUGAUCACGGGCCUGCUGUCUCUGGUGCACACAACACCAUCGUCUGUGCUCGUGCUGGCAAGGACCUUAUCUCAAGCCUGACCUCUGGGCUGCUCACUAUCGGGGAUCGUUUUGGAGGUGCUCUGGAUGCAGCUGCGAAGCAGUUCAGCAAGGCUUUCGACAGUGGCAUGCUGCCUAUGGAGUUUGUCAACAAGAUGAAGAAGGAUGGCAAGCUGAUAAUGGGCAUCGGCCACAGGGUCAAAUCAAUUAACAACCCAGACAUGCGGGUGCAGAUCCUGAAGGACUUUGUUAAGCAGCAUUUCACCUCCACCCAGCUGCUCGACUAUGCCCUAGACGUUGAGAAGAUCACCACCUCCAAGAAACCCAACCUGAUCCUCAAUGUAGAUGGUUUUAUUGGUGUUGCCUUUGUGGACCUGCUUAGAACGUGUGGUGGCUUCACACGAUGCCAAGAGUGCAUUGUCUGGAUUGUUGCUUUCUUUGCGGAUGGCACACUGACCACUAUUGUUUCUCACAUCAAUGUUGAACUGGUUCCAGAGAUGAGGCUGACGAGUUUGUGGAGAUCGGUGCACUAAAUGGGAUCUUUGUCCUCGGCCGUAGUAUGGGCUUUAUUGGACAUUACCUGGACCAGAAGAGGCUGAAACAGGGUUUGUAUCGCCACCCCUGGGAUGACAUCUCUUAUGUGCUCCCAGAACAUAUGUCCAUGUAAUUCCCACAUCACAGAAUGGGUUGCACUUCCAGAUGUGACUGUUGUGGUUGACGGUUGUGACCACAGCUGCCUUGGUCAAACUGGGCAGGAUGAUUCUGGAAAGUGAAAGUACUGUCUGACUGAGGGAUCUGGGUAGAGGUUUUUUGAUCUAGUUUUUACGGAGAAAAAAGGGGGACGUAUAUUUUCAGAUUUCGUUUUUUGACAAAUUAUUUAAAGUCUGAGAUGUAAGUUAUUUAGUUUUCAAUGAAGAGCCAAACCAAUGUAAACUGCAGCAGUUGCAGAAGCACAAAAUUAAUUGGUACUUUGCAAAAUGCAAAGAAACCUGCUUUGUGUAGUUGGACCCCUGCAUUACGGAGUCUGAUUAGUUCAUCUGCGGUAACGGCUGCCGAUUUGUUCAAGCUCCGAAAUACAGUUAUCAUGUCUUUUUAAUACUUCUUAGAGAAAAUGAUUUUGUUUUAAUCAACAUUUGCCUGUUUUAUGCCACAAGAAAGUGUGCUUAAGUCUACUUUUUGGCUUUCAGAGUAUUGCACCUUGGUUUCAACACUAGCGAAUCUAUCUAAAAUCUGUUUUUGAAUUCCUUGUCCAAGUUUCACUCCCACUGAGAAAGAUCUUUGUCAUCUCAAGAGAAACCAAAGUUAUUUUUAUGAAUUUGUUGUCUUUAUUAAAAGUAAAAUAAAGCAGGGUCCGGUGGUUGACGUUACAGAGCUUACCCAGAUCUUAUGUUUUGAAAAAGAGGAUUGUAAUGGGAUAAAGGAAUUGAACAAACACAAUGAUUUAAGUCUCACUCCACUAUUGCCUUUCCUACAACAACCCUGGUUCUAAACGAGUGGUUGAAAUUCAUCAGCUUCUGUAAAUUAGAUGCAGUUUUGAGCUGUCAGGUCUCUGUGUUGCUAUUCUGAAAAACUGUCAGACAACAGGAAAAUGUAGAAGCAUCAAAAGGGGACAAACAUGUUUCAUGAAUGAGCCCUGUGAGUGUUUGAAAGCAUCUUUUGGCGAGGGACCAUGAAAGCAGUUUGCUUUACUUGGGGAAAUGAUUGCACAUAAUACAGGUGUCGGGUCUGUUAAACUUUCACUAAAUACUUGACACCAACCAAAACGCUUUGUAAUUGCCCGCUGUAUGGCCUGCUGUUUGAUCUUUGUUUUGCUGUUUUUAUUUAACUGUGGAAAAAAUGUUGGUUUUUUUUGUAACAUGCUGUCAUAUAGUAGUAUAAUAAAGAACUUAUUGUCUUACUUUUCA